UAUCAUGUUUGAAGUGUCUUUCGAAGAUGAAGCUAUUAUUGACAAUUUCUCUUCUGGUAGCGGUAGCUUCAUCAUACCAACCAAGCGAUUAUUGUGAUCCUUCUCUGUGUGACCCCGGAAGCACCCAUAUAGCCUGCAAUGCCAAGCUUGAGUUCGCCAAUCCGACGGGAAUAACUAUCCCUCUCAACGAUACCAGGAAAGCGAGGAUCCUCCAGCUACACAAUCAGCUGCGUAAUAAAAUUGCCUCCGGAAAGCAGGACUACCCGGGAGGUUUCUAUCCAACGGCUGCUCGCAUGACAACGAUGCAAUGGGAUGAAGAACUAGCUUAUAUAGCUGGUUUCAAUGCAAGAAGGUGUAUCACUGGUCAUGAUAAGUGUCGCGAAACUUCCAAGUACCCUGCAUCGGGUCAGAACCUCGCCUAUUAUAAAUAUAUCAAGGGUAGUCCAGAUAUAGAUAAAGUAAUCGAUAUAUUGGUUAACCGGUGGUAUAGCGAGUAUAAGGAUGCCAAUGUUGGACACAUUCAUAAGUAUCCUGAAAAUUAUCAAGGACCAAAGAUUGGCCACUUUACCGAGUUUGUGCAGGAUCGUAACGAUAGGAUUGGAUGUACCUUGGUUCAGUGGUUAGAGAAGCCCAAGACAGUGAUCUAUUUGGCAUGUAACUAUGCUCGGACAAACAUUAUUGGCCAGCCUGCCUACAUUACCGGGGCCGUAGCAUCCCAGUGCACAACCGGUACCAACAGUGAAUAUCCGGCGCUAUGCAGCCCUAAAGAACUGGUGGACUACUCAGCUGCCGCAAAUGAUGAAUGAUUGCUUUUUUUCAGUUCAUGGAACCCAAUGGUCACUUUCAUGAGUUA